GACUCUGACUCAUAGCGUCAAACUUCUUCCUCCUUCCUCUGUUAGUGUGUGUUGUGUGAAGCAAGGGGGGAGGAGAUGGAUGAAGAACCUAAUCAGUAGUGGGUAUAUAAGCGUGUUUAGAUGGAGGUUAUUAUGAUGGCUGAUGGUUCGAGCUGUGUAAUAAUCAGUUUAGAGGAGCAGUAAUGGAGCGACUCGGUGUAUCUGUGUUGAGCUGCGUGCUGCUGCUUUUCUCCACUUCCUUUUUUACAGGCCUUCACGCGAGCCCCAUCUCUCGGACUCCAUUCGUUCUAAGCAAACUAUGUAAGUUUUGUGAUGUCAGGCUAAGUGAGUGUAACACCACUCAGGGCCACUGCAUGGUCAACUGCAAUAUCACUUCCAUCUGCGAGCGCAGUGAUGAGGUCUGCGCUAGUGCAUGGCGCAGAGAUGGUGAGAACAUCACCGUGGAAACCGUGUGUCAUGACCCAUCGGAGCCGUUUCACGGUGUGAUCCUGAAAGACUUCAAUAACAAGGAGUGUGUGAUGAAGCAGUACGCACACCUCGGGCCUGACUUCUACAUCUGCUCCUGCCAAGAGGAAGAGUGUAAUGAAAAGCUCAUUUUCUCCUCAGCAGAGACAUCACUGAGAAACCCCCCAGUGUUGACCAUCGUCCUUGUUCCUGUCUCGGUUCUGGCCGUCAUGCUCCUCUCAUUGAUUUACUUCUGCUAUGUUCACACACUCCGUCAGUCCAAACUGAAGCACGAUUUUAGUGACACACAUUCUAUCCUCACCACCAAACACGAACGUUCUGACAGCAUCUCAAACUGGCUCAAUCACAACACGGAGCUUCUGCCCGUCCAUCUGGAUGAAAUGGUGGGGAAAGGACGUUUCGCUGAAGUGCACCGCGCCCGACUCGGGCAAAAGACGAGUGAAAACGGGGUGUUCCAGACGGUCGCAGUGAAAAUCUUCCCACUAGAGGAGUUCGUGUCCUGGAACACGGAGCGCGAGAUCUUCCUGGACGCAGAGCUCUGUCACGAGAACAUCGUCCACUUCCUGGCGGCAGAGAAACACACAGUGGAGCAACGGUUGUGGCUGAUCACAGCCUAUCACGCUCGAGGAAACCUUCGAGACUACCUCAGAGCCCACCGACUCGAGUGGACAGAGCUCUGCAAGAUGGGUGGUGAUGUCGUAAGGGGUCUGGCUCACCUGCACAGUGACCGGAAUGCAGUGGGUGGAGUCAAAGUGCCGGUCGCUCACCGAGACUUGAAGAGUGACAACGUGCUGGUGAAGGACGACCGGAGCUGCUGCAUCUGUGACUUUGGCCUCAGCAUCCGACUCCACAACAACAUGAGCACGGAGGAGCUCGCUAACAGGGGACAGGUGGGCACGGCGAGGUACAUGGCCCCCGAGCUGCUGGAGUCCAGACUGAACCUGGAGAACAUUGAGUCCUUCAAACAGGCAGACGUUUACUCCAUGGCUCUGGUGCUGUGGGAGAUCACGUCCAGGUGCACAGCCAUCGGAGAGCUGAGAGAGUACGAGCCACCUUUCGGAAAGUUGAAUCAGCCGUGUAUUGAGAGCAUGAAGGACACCGUGAUCAGAGACCGAGAGCGACCUGAGAUCCUGCUUGGCUGGAGGACACACCCGGGUGUGAAUGUGCUGUGUGAGAUGAUCGAGGAAUGCUGGGAUGAGGAUCCGGAGGCUCGCCUGACAGCUUCGUGUGUAUCCGAGAGAUUUAACAACUUCAGUGAUCCGUCAUUCCUCUACACCGACUUGAUCAACGAGGAUAAAACAAGCAACCUCCCGGAGACAGAGGCGGAGCUUUUAAAUUUAAGCUCAUGAAACGUGUAGCGGAUGCGUUUCUGUCCGCAGACUUUCAUUUCGCGUUUGUACUUCAGAAGAAAAUCUGUAUAAAAUCAAGAAAACCAUAAGUAUUUUUUAUGUAUGUUAAACUUUCUGUAAAGUGAAUAAUGAGACGAUGUAAAAGUGACCUAAACUGACUUUUAUUAUAAAUCACAUAAAGAUAAUUCUCUAAUCAUGGCUUAAGAAAUAUUAUCUUAUCUAAUGUCAACUUGCUGGUGCUGUUUGUGGAAUUUUAUUUAAUACUGGCCACUUUUAGCAAAAGCUACGUAACAGGUUAGCUAGCUAGUUUUGUGGAUUUUCUGUAUUGUUAGCUAACUGAUUUUUUUUUUUUUCGGCUUGGCUGUCGGCUAGUUCCAUUUUUAGUGCUAAUGUUAGAUUUGAAUGGGUUUGUUUUAGCGUUUGGAAAUUUCACCAAUAUUCUGUAAUAUUUAGUAUAAUAUUUAGUAAACUUUUAUACAAAAUGUUUCCUCCUCGUCUGAGGUGUAAAAGUUUGGUACUGACCAUGACAAAAAUCAAAAAUUACAUUAAAAAAAAAAAGCAGUAAUGAUUUGUUUCCAUGAAGCUAAUAUUGCAAAGCUAAUUCCUCUAAUCCUGUAGCCAUGGCCUAUACGCUAGUUAGGUGUACAGAUAAAUUCAUCAACUAAAAUUUUAUCCAAAAUCAGCUACCUAGGGCUGAUUAAAAAUGUUAAAUAAAAUUCCCAAUGUUAACUAACUAAUUUUGCGGGGGAAAUUUCCCAUUAGCCAGCUAGCGUUGUGGAUUUUUUUUUUUUUCAAAUGUGUGCUAACAGUUUUGUUCUGUUGGAUAGCUAGCUUUUCAGAGGUAAUGGUAGCUAUAGACAGCUUUGUUUCAGUGUUUGGAAAUUUUCUUUAAUGUUAGCUAGCUAGCUUUGUCCACCAAUAUAUCACCAAUAGCGCGAAUUAGCCAGCUAGUUUGUAGUUUUUCACACACUUAAAUAUCAUAAUAUUAUGUUUCCUUUCCGCUGAGGUGUAAAAGUGUCAGUCUGGAAAAUGACAAGUUUUGUUGGGGAAAAUUUCACUUUUUGGAUUUUCUGGAAUAUUGUAAUUAGAUUUGUUGUGUGAGCUAGCUAGCUUUUUAGGGUUAAUGUUAAAUAUAACUAACUUUACUUCAUGUGUUUUUAUACAACAUUAUUAAGGUCAUUUGUUUGAGUAAAAUUUUUCUCUAAAUGUUGCUAGCUAAUUAUGUUGAUCAACAUUCUCUAAGAUUAGACUGGAGAUUUACACACACUUAAAUAUCAUAAAAAUUGCUUCCUCUUGUCUGAGGUGUAAAAAUUUCAGUGUGGAAAAUGGAGGUAUGUGCUGACAAAGCAAACUACAUGUUAAAGAAAAUACAAGAAAAAAAUUAAUAUUGAAGAAAAAUGAUAGCAGCAGCAGCAGCUGAUAUUUAUCUGUACAUCUUAGUGAAUUCCGGUUCAGCGAGUCAGAUCAUUUGACUCCUCUCACCAUAAGAGUCGACUCUUUCAGCUCCCAAAUGGCUCAUUUCCAUUCCUUUUCUGAACUGAACGUAGCUUAUGAUCUUUUAAUCUGUGAUUAUGCUUCUUAUGUCUGAAACUGUUUCACGAAAUCUUACUCGAAUAGUUGUCCAUCUUCACCAUGCAGCAGAUCCGCUCGGUCAUACCGACUCACUUCCUAAACAGAGUCAAACACAUGACUCGCCCUUCAAAGACUUUUCCACUGAAGCUGUUUUAUUAUAUUGCACUGCAAGAGAAACGGUUUUGCCAAUAUUCACAAACAAAAGGCUCACGCGUGUCUCAGGUCAACUCUCAAGGUUUACUGUAAAAGUGCUGAUUCAAAGAAUCGACUCCUUUACGAAUGACAGAUCACUAGUAUAUCCUCCAUCCAGUGCAGACAGGGAUGUACAUUCUAACUUUCUCUCGCAUGGAGUGGUUUUCCUCUUCAGUCUGAAAAAGACAAACUUAACGUUUUGACACAGAAUAAAAAACCCCUACUAAAUUAACAGAAAUUACAAUUAAACGUCAUACAACACAGUUCCAGUUUAAGAAUCACACCUUCUUUAUUAUUUUUGUUCAAAUAUAUAUUAACGUAAAAAAAUAUAUACAUAUAUAGAAAUGUUCUCACCAAAUUUAUUCCCAUCAUUUUUAGGAGUUUGAUUCACAAUUGAUUCAAUUGAUCGAAUGAGAGAAAAGCAGUGUCAGUGUAAAGUGUCUGUUAAUGUAGAAUCUAAAUAGAAAAUAUUGUAAAAAUAGUACGUAUAGUGUAAAUAAGUGACUCGGAUGAUGCCUAUGUGUAGAAAUGUGAACACUAGCCUCUGGAUAAUUAGCAUGUAGCUGCAGUGGCGCUAUUUUAACAAUAAUGCAAAAACCCAACUUGUGUAAAAAUAAGUGUUUUGCUUCAUCUUUCUCACUGUUGUCACCUGUUUUGGGGAGUGUUUAGACUGGCAUUAAUACACCACUGUCAAUCAUUAUGCAAAUUAGAAUACAUGUAGAUUAGAUUAAAGUAUAUAUUUCUUCAUCGGUUACGAACGCCCGUGCGCACAUUUCACUUUCGCUUCCAAAUUUGCUGCAAUUUGAAGGCUGCAAUUGCUUAAAUGG